UUUAAAUUAAAUUUAAUUAAAUUGUUGUAUGUUAAUAAACAUGUAUUUUGUAAUAUUUAUUGUUUCAUAGUUGUGAUUUAACUACUCAACUCAGAAUUCUUGUUGUUGUCCCACAUAUAUUGUUAAAAUGCUGAGAAAUACGACUUCUUCAAGCCAAAAUAGAGGGAAUCAACCUAAGGAUUCUUGUAACAAAAAUGAACUUGAAACCCAGGAGAAAAGACAAACAACGAAUCCAGAAGCUGUUUAUGAAUUGGCAUAUAUCAUGGAUCCAUUCAUGAGAUGUACAUUGUUCCUCUACAGUUGGGUCUUAUACUUCGCAAUUGAGUUCUUAAAAUGUCGUUUCAGCAUCUAUAGACUUGCUAAAAGAUCACUUGUAGUGUUUUUUAUGCGGCUUGAAAGUAGGGGACGGCGGUUUGUUCUAUUGACAUAUUUUACUCAAGCCACGGUGUUUUUGCUAUUGUUGUUUAUGUUUUUAAACUUUUACUUAUCGCGAGGAGCUAGAUUACCAAGACGGCUAGUUAAACUUACAAAUUUGAAAGGCAAAGUUGCCAUUGUUACAGGUGGAUAUAGUGGAAUUGGACUUGAAACAGUACGUCAAUUACUUAAAUGGAAUUGUAAAGUGUUUAUAUUUGGAAGAAAUAAAACUGAGGCAACAAACGCAAUUGAGAAGUUGAAGUUAUCUAAAUCAUUUGAUGAAGAUAAUGUACACUUUGUUGAAAUGGAUUUGGAUGACUUAAAAUCUGUGAAAAAGGCUGUUGAAACGUUUUUAAAGGAUAACGACAGAUUAGAUUUUCUGAUUAAUAACGCAGGAGUAGGGCUUGGUGAGCCUUUGAAAGAUUCGCAUGGAUUAGAAACUUAUUUCUCUUCCAACUUUCUAGGUCAUUUUUAUUUAACAAAACUGUUAAUUGACGUUUUAAAAAAGUCGGAAGGAAGAGUAAUAAGUGUUUCCAGUAUUAUGCAUUAUUUGUAUGACCCUAAGAACGACAGGCUUUUUGAAACUAAAUCCACAACCUCACUUAAAGUUGAUAAGAGGAAUACAUAUUACGGGAGAUCUAAGCUGUUUGUGAUAUGGUUCACACACGCAUUACAGAGAAGGCUAAAGGCUGAAAAUAGUAAGGUGUUGUGUUUGGCUGUAAACCCAGGCAAAGUUUGGACCAAGUUGAUGGUGAAAUCGAUAAAAAAACAUAAAUUUUAUAUUCCUAAACGGUUUUUACCAUAUUUGAUGAAGGACCCUGCUUCGGCAUCGGCAACAGCAUUAUAUCUGUGUGCGGCUCCAUCAAAUACAUUGAUACCGGGAGCAUAUUACUGUGAAGUGAAUCUAGGUCUUGUUAGAAGGACUGCUCAUAACGAGGAAUAUGAAGAAAAACUAUGGAAUUUAGCAGAAGAAAUGGUCAAAAACAAAUAAGUCAUGAAACCUUAAAAUUUCAUUUUUAAAAUUUUAAAUUUAAAUUAAUAUUCA